AUGGUCGAUGGGGACACCCUGGCUGGAGCUGGGUUUUUCUGCUUUCUCGUCUCAAGAUCAGAGAACAUCUGUGCUCCCAGUCUUGCCUCUUCGCCCGCCACAGCCAAAUACCCCAACAAAUCAACUGUUAGCCAGGUCUGGGAAGCUUGCAAAAGCCCCCAUGUGAUCAUCUUGAAUAUCGCACAGUUUUCGUGUGCAUCUAACACCUACAGCUUGGCCUAUUUCACCCCUACUGUUGUCCAUACCUUCGGUUACUCUCCUACCGAUACCCAGCUGUUCACAGUCCCACCCUUUGCGCUGGGAGUUGUUUUCCUCUUAGGAUUGUCGUACUGUUCCGACCGAUAUCAAGCAAGAGGCCUGAUGAGCGGGAUCAGUGCGAUCCUUUCGAUCGUUGGGUUUGCGAUGUUUUAUGGCUCAGGCGACGACAAAGUGCGCUACGCUUCCCUGUUCUUGUCGAUCCCUGGGGCCUAUGGCGUGGCGCCAUGCUUGUCGGCGUGGACGGCAGACAAUAGUGCUCCCCAUGCACGCAAGGCUACCGCGCUCGCCUUUGGGACUAUGGUCGGGAACUCUGGAGGCUUGUUCAGCGUUUGGAUUUUUACUCUGGGACGCAAACCAAGGUACCACCUCCCGACUGCAAUUAGCUUGGCUUUUGGGGUGAUGAUCAUAAUGUGUUGUGUGAUGAACACCUUGUGGCUAAGCUAUGCACAGAGAGCCAAAGUGACCAAACGAAGCCAAAUCCUCGAAAGAUACACCUUUCCUCCGGCCGAUGGGGGUGGUGAAGCUGAUCCUGGGAAGGAAGGAUUGCAAUCCCGUGCCAGCGAGCAGGAGCUGUUAUCCGCUCAGGCUUGGGAUCAUCUGGGCGAUCAGCAUCCAGACUUCAAAUACGUCUAUUGA